CCCCCCACCCGACCCGACCCCGUCCGAAACAAGCCGACGAACGCGACCGAGGAAGCGGAAGCGGGAGGGAGGGAAAAGGGCGAAAUCGCCGCCGCCGUCAGCAACGAUUGAUCGGUGAGGCCGAUGCGCCGCCCCCCGCUCGGCCGGCACCGUAUCCCGCCGCGUUAAUCUCCGCCGCCCUCGCCGAGGCCCCGAGUCGAGGACCGCCGCUUCGGUUUGGCCGCGGCCGGUAGGCUCCGUGGGGGAUUCCGGACGCGGGGGGAGGGGGAGUCCUUGUCUCCUUGAGGCCGCAUUGCAGCACGGACUUGCAUCUAGCGCCGCGGUUUCGGCGGUUCGAUUCGUCUGAUCCCCCGUUUUGUUGUGCUCAAAGCCUGAAACUGUGCGGCUGUAUGAUAGGGAGCGGUGGCGCUAGCUCGAUUGGCCGGGGAAUUCAGGGGGCUUGUCUCAGCCUAGCCUGGAAUUGAUGGAGCAGAAGAGAGCAAGGGCAGCGGAGGAGCCUGCCCGGUUGAUGUGUGAUGAUGCGCUAACGGAGGUCUUCCGCAGGCUGCCUGCCCGUGCGCUCGCCGCUUGCAGGCUGGUGUGCAAGUCCUGGAUGACGGUGCUCACGGAUCCACACUUCAUCCACGAGCACCUUAGCCGCGGCCGGCAGAAGCUGCUGCUCUUUGCGAGCGACCGGGUGAGCGAUAGGUCGCUCGCCAUGGUGCUUGCGGAUGACAACAAGUCCAUGUACCAGUUGUCGAGGCCUGCUGCGUCUCGGAGCGUGUUUGUCCACAAUUCAUGCAAUGGGCUGCUGUGCCUGGGUGACAGUACAGGAGCCGUGGAGGUGCUGAACCCGACAACCGGUGAAUCUCUAAUGUUGCCAACUCCGACGUACACAGCAGGGAGCAGCCAGUUCUCAUCCUGUAAUUGGCACUGCUUGGGGUUUUGUCCAAAGACGAGGGAGCACAAGGUUGUGCAUUUCUAUCCUGGAACACAUAUUGAUUCGUUCAAGGUGCGCUGUGAGAUAUACACACUUGGAGCUGGUGUCUGGAGACAAGUUGGGAGCUUCCGUGGUGCUCCGAUAGAUAGAGGGGUGCAUGUGAAUGGAGCAGUGUACUAUCUGACAAAGUUUCGCUACAUUGCUUCAUCUCGAAUCAAUUGCUUGAAUCUUGAGAGCGAAAAAAUUGAUGCGAUGAUGCUUCCUCCACGCAAGUCUUAUGGAGGGCAUUGCUCUUUGACGGAGCUUGAAGGAAGGGUAUGCUUGUUAGUUGUGGAUGGUGUGCUUGAAGGUCCGCCUCGUACGAUGGACAUAUUGAUGCUCAAUAGUGAUGAGCAGAGCUGGACUCCCAGAUACCACUUCUCUUUGCCUUGGUUGAUUCCUUCCUGUUAUUUUACUCCGAAGCACACACUCUUCCAUGACGGGAAAAUUUGGGUGCAAUUGUUGGCUAGGAAUCUCUACUGUUUUGAUCCAAGAUCAAAUUCUGAAGAAUUGACAAUAGCGUGGCCAGAGCUUGACUUUCCGUUUAGCACACAUACUUUCAUUGAGAGCAUAGUUCCUUUGCGGAAAGACUACUUCAUCAAGCACAUACAGUGACUGGUGUUCUGCCCCUUGUUUUCCAAGGUGGUUUUCAGUUUACAGCAUUACAGUGUCUUAGUUGUUUCUUUUUUCUUUUUCUUUUAUGAACCAAGCUGUUAGUCAUCUUAAGGUGAUGUGCUACUCUGAAUUCUAAUUAGUGAUGACAGAUGCAAUCUCAAUACAUUUCUGAGCACUCAUGCUCUUCUGGCUUCUAAUCGAACUGUUCAUUCCUCUUUGUGCUAAGAAGUGGAUAAGAGAGAGGAGCUCUCCAGGAGCUCUUAUUUUACUCAA